GUGAACAGCUCAGCUUAUCACACUUCUCAGCUCACUCCUUUCUCAACUUCCAAACCCCCAUAAAAUCAACCCUUUCUCUCUCUCUUACACACACAUUGUUCUGCACUUUGUAAAUUUUCUUUCGAGUUCUUUUCUUUCUUUAAAACCCAACAAAAAAUAUUCAGAGACUGCUUAAAAAAUGGUGCAUACAUGUGUGAGUUUGCUUGUGAUAUGCUCUGUCUUUGUUUUAGCUGCAGGUUCUUUGAGAAACCUCCCAACUGUUUCAUUUGAAGAAGGGUAUGCACAAAUCUUUGGUGAUGAUAAUCUUCUGAUUGUUAAAGAUGGGAAAUCAGCUCACCUCAGUCUUGAUCAAAGAACAGGUUCUGGAUUUGUGUCACAUGAUCUUUACAACCAUGGGUUCUUUAGUGCUUCUAUUAAGUUGCCUGCAGAUUACACUGCUGGGGUGGUGGUUGCAUUUUAUAUGUCGAACGGAGACAUAUUUGAGAAAAACCAUGAUGAAAUUGAUUUCGAGUUUCUUGGGAACAUUCGAGGCAAAGAGUGGAGAGUUCAGACCAAUGUUUAUGGCAAUGGAAGCACGGGAGCAGGCAGAGAAGAAAGAUAUGGUCUGUGGUUUGAUCCCUCGGAAGAUUUCCAUCAAUACAGCAUCUUGUGGAGUGAUGAUAAGAUCAUCUUUUACAUAGACAGUGUUCCCAUAAGAGAGGUCAAGAAAACAGAAGCAAUGGGUGGGGACUUCCCUUCCAAGCCAAUGAGUCUCUAUGGUACUAUUUGGGAUGGAUCUAACUGGGCUACCAAUGGAGGUAAAUACAAGGUCAAUUAUAAAUAUUCCCCUUACAUUGCCGAGUUCUCGGACUUUGUGCUUCACGGUUGUGCGGUCGAUCCCAUUGAGAUGUCCUCAACAUGUCAACUGGUACCGCAAUUUAAAUCUGUUCCUACCGGUAUCACAAAUGAAAGCAGAACUAAAAUGCAGAGUUUCAGGAAGAAACACAUGCAGUACUCCUAUUGUUAUGAUAAAACGCGAUAUAAGGUUCCUCCUUCUGAGUGCGUAAUUAAUCCCCAUGAAGCCUCUCGGCUUCAUGGAUUCGACCCAGUAAGAUUUGGAGGAAGCCACAGCAGGCAUGGUAAAAGACGCCACGACAACCAAUCAAACAGGGAUGCGAUAAACUCUGUUUAGAAAUAUUGAACUUACAUUUCCUCUAGUGAUUGUUAUUGUCGUAUUCCUCGUCGAUUUGAAUAUUAUUUUGUGUAUAGAGAAAAGGAGAAAAAAGAUUGCAUAAAUUGAUUGAGGGUGGUGGUAGGGGGGCUUUAGCUGAAUAUUGGACUGAGGAUGCAUAUUUUGCAUACCUUAGGUUCAAGUGAUUAAUAUGUAAUGGACACAUCCUCUGGAUUUAAAUAAACAUAAUCCACAUUAUUAUCUA